AUGUCUAUCGUUGGUGAGAAGAAAUUCUCAAAAAGUCGCUACAUUAUUUCUCCCGAGGGUAUCCUCAAGUUAAUUGGGAUUGUUCUAAUCGCCGCUAGUGCCCUAAUUCACCAAUUCUACUCAGCUCUCGAGGGAUUAAUUUUCCCCAUUACAGCAACAAGUGUAGGUCUUGCAUGCCUCCUCUUCUACAUCACCUUUGCCACGGGUAUCGUUAAAUGCGCUCUGAGAUGUUUCAACAUAUUCGACACAGUGCUCACGAUGAUGUUCUGCAUAACGCUGCUGAGUGUUUCCAUUGUGACUGUGACGUCGGACGAUGUCCGCAUUCCAUCAGACUACUUGCCAAGUGUCCUGGCUAUUAUAGGUUCAAUUUGCCUCGCAACGAGUGCAUCAAUCUUCUUUAUUCGCCUCAGUCUUGAGAAGGAAACUGUAUUGGAGGAAAAUGAUGAUGAGACAACAGCCUCAGUAACAACUAUAACAACGCCACGGCCACGAAAAUCAGUUCUCAUUUAA